CAACAACAACAACAGUGUUGAAGGACGUAUAGGAUUUGUUCUUAUCGGUGAACUGUUGGAAGAAAUUUUUUCAAAUAUUCUCUCAACAAAGAUUGUUGCAGACAGUAUCAAUUGUUAACAGGAGCAAAAGAAAGGCUGCAUCAGGUCAUUUUAAUGGAUACCUCGUUUAUUCCAGUACCAAAGGUCAUCAAUGGAUCGAUAGCUGGGAUUGUUGGAGUGACAUGCGUGUUUCCGAUCGAUCUCGUUAAGACUCGUCUACAAAAUCAACAGGUCUUGCCAAAUGGGCAGCCACUCUACAAUAACUUGUUUGACUGUGCCAGAAAGACCUUCAAAAAUGAGGGUGGAAUUUUGGGAAUGUAUAGAGGAUCCGGAGUGAACCUUCUGCUUAUCACUCCAGAAAAGGUCAUCAAACUUGUCGGCAAUGAUUUUUUCAGACAUCUUCUAACAAACGACCAAAACAAGCUGACAUUGCCGCGGGAGAUGUUAGCUGGUGGUGGGGCAGGGUUAUGUCAGAUCAUAGCGACCACGCCCAUGGAACUUUUAAAGAUUCAGUUGCAAGAUGCAGGACGUAGUGCACGAAUCGAUAUGGGUGCCACAGAUGGGCCCGGUGUUGCAGCUGAAGUGAAACCCCCGAGAUUGUCUGCUACGAAGAUUGCUAUCGAUCUAUUUCGAGAAAAAGGGAUAACUGGAAUAUAUAAGGGCUUCCGUGCUACGAUGUUACGUGAUGUGACUUUCUCUGCUAUAUACUUCCCAUUGUUUUCACAUUUAAAUGCCAUGGGCAAGCGAAGAGAAGGUAGCGACCAGGCUGUAUUCUACCAUUCCUUCAUCUCUGGUUGUGUAGCGGGGUCUGUGGCCUCAUUUUCUGUCAACCCAUUUGAUGUGGUGAAAACAAGACUUCAGACCUUACAUAAGGGGAAAGGAGAGUUGGAAUACCAAGGAAUUGCGGACUGUUUCAGAAAAAUCUACACCAAUGAGGGACCAAAGGCGUUUUUCAAGGGAGCAUUGUGCAGAGUUCUUGUGAUAGCCCCGUUGUUUGGAAUUGCUCAAACUGUCUACUAUCUUGGCAUCGCUGAGAGAUUGUUAGCAUCAGUAGGAUAUGAAACAUAGGGACAUAGAAUAUGUAGUUUUUCCAAAUUGUGAUAGAAUAGUUUAUUGCUUGUCCGAUUUUUAAAGAAAAAAUAUUAAAGAUGCAUUCUCACGGAUUGACAGUUUUGACAUUUUUUAAAAAAGUGUCUGAGAAUCAGCUUAUUUUGGCCUUCAAAAUAGAAUAGAUUUCAAUUGUAUAAAAAAAAACGCCAAAAAUUUCUUUUUUUAAAGUGUUAGUAACCCUUAUAGCUAUAGUAACCCUUAUAGCUAUAAAACAUCAAUUUUUGAACGUAAAUAUGAAAAACUGAUUGUUUGUCAGCAGUCUCACUGGUUUCCACACAUUAAUGCAAAAGAAUGGUUCCUUCCUAGAAAAAAAUUAAAAAGUUUUUAAAACGGUCAAUCUGUGAGAGUGCAGCUUUAAGGUAAUGCCACAGCCUUGAUGUUGUCAUAUUUUAUGAUAGCCAGCUUGCAGAAAUUGAAUUUUGGACAAUGAUGUAAGAACAUGUUUAUGUUAUUCAUGUGAAGUUUAGUAUGCAUAUGACUAUGUAGAAGGGCCAGUAACUCUGAUCUAAAGCACUGUUACAGUCAUCGUUAGAUCCUUCCAAUACAUUUCUACUCUGUGCUUUGUUGUGUACUUUGUGCCAUUUGGCUAGGAAAAUCUCGUAAUCAUGAAUAAUGAAUGAGGCAGUUUCAAAGGUUCCGUAUAGUACAAGAUGCUUUCUUGUUAAAAAAUAUUCUGGCCAAAGCUGAACUGGGUCUUUCUUUUCAGUACAAUAACUUUUCUCAGCAGUCAAACAACUCGUCGAUCGAGGCUACUGACUUGAAUUGUAAAAUGCAAAUUCAUUGGCAGAAGAGUUGUCUCCCUGCUUCAUGCAUAUUCAUAAAAACAAGACUUUGUCAGUCAGUUGUCCCACUGUAUGUAUGAAGUGUAACAAAAGAAAGUACCAUGGUUGCCAAUGAUGUGUUGAGGUAUAACCAUUGACAAAUGACCAACUGCAGCUGAUUGUAUAAACCAGUCAAGUUUUUGGUGGGGUCAAAGUUAUCCAAAAUGUUUAUUGAUUGGUCAAUAUAUAUCCAAAAUGUUUAUUUAUUGGUCAAUAUAUAUCCAAAAUGUUUAUUUAUUGGUCAAUAUGUAUCCAAAAUGUUUAUUGAUUGGUCAAUAUUUAUCCAAAAUGUUUAUUGAUUGGUCAAUAUAUAUCCAAAGAUAACUACUAACCAAUCAAUUUGUUUUAGUGAGUCAAGUAGGCAAAAGAUUAUAAGUACCUUCCCUGGCCGAGAGUGUAAGAUAGGUUCAUUCCGA